AUUAGCAUAAACAUACUACAGAUUUAGCCGGCCAUGCACGUGCAUGAAGAAGCUCCCCGGUUACCAUGGCAACGACCCAAACAGAAGAAGGUAUCUAAACAGCGUUUGACUCCAAACUCGUCACACAGAAGAUUAACAUCGUCCACACUGGAGCUCAUUUACCUCCAUCACCUGAUUAACAGUCACAGAGAGCAGGAUUUCACACUUAGUGUAUUAUAAAAUUCACUUUAUUUAGAACCUCGCUGCCUUUCUACUGCUAUUACACACUCUGUACACACACACACACACACACACACACACACACACACAGAGACCCAGUAAGUAGAUUUCAGUGAAAGCGAAUCUGAGAGCAAGAAAAUGAAUGACUUCAGCAUUUCAGUAGAUCAGCUUCCAGUAAAUAAGUUCAGAUGUCCAGUGUGUCUGGAUCUCCUGAAGGAUCCAGUGGAUACCCCGUGUGGUCACAGUUUCUGUAAGGUGUGUAUUAAUGGCUUCUGGGAUCAGGAGGAUUGGAUUGGUGUCUACAGCUGUCCUAAGUGCAGACACACUUUCAAUCCAAGGCCUGUUCUACACAGAAACAUCAUGCUGGAAAAACUGAUGGAGAAAGUAAAGAACUCAGAAGCCCAAGCUGCUCGUUAUGACGCUGGACCUGGAGAUGUGGAAUGUAAUUUAUGCAGUGGGAGAAAACGCAAAGCCGUCAAGUCGUGUCUGAUGUGUCUGAACUCCUUUUGUGAAACUCAUCUGAAACCUCACUACGAAGUUCCUUCCUGGAAGAAGCACAAGUUAAUCGAAGCCUCUGGGAAUCUACAAGAGAAGAUCUGCUCUGAGCACCAUGAGAUUUUGAAGAUAUACUGUCGUACCGACCAAAGCUUCAUCUGUUAUCUGUGUCCGAUGCAUGAACACAGAGGACAUGACACAGUUGCAGCUGCAGCAGAACGAUCUGAAAAACAGACUCAGCUGAAGGAGGAGCAGAUGAAAUUCCAGCAGAGAAUCCAGGAGAAGCAGAAGAAGGUGCAGGAGCUGAAACAGGAUGUGAACAUUAUAAAGCUCAGUGCACAGACAGCAGUAGAUGACAGUGAGAAGAUCUUUACUGAGAUGAUCAGCUCCAUGGAGAAAAAGCGCUCGGAGGUGACGGAGCUGAUCAGAGAUCAGGAGAAGGCUGAACUGAGUGGAGCUGAACGACUCCUGGAGCAACUGGAGCAGGAGAUUUCUGAUCUUCAGAGGAGAAUCACUGAGCUGGAGCAGCUUUCACACACACACGAUCACAUCCAUUUCCUCCAGAGUUUCCAGUCUCUCAGUGUAUCUUCUGGAUGUGAGGACUCACCCAGCAUCACUGUCCAUCAACAUCUCACAUUUAAUAGAGUGAGGAAAUCAGUCUCUGAUCUGAAAAAGAGAUUUGAGGAACUCUGCCAGGAGGAAUUCAUCAUAAUUCAUGAACAUGCUGCAGAAGUUCAGAUGAUUUUACCCUCAGAACCAAAGAGCAGAGAAGAAUUUCUAAACUAUUUCUGUGAUCUGACUCUGGAUCCCAACACAGUACAUUAUUACCUCAUUCUGUCUGAGAAGAACAAAGUGGUGACACGCAGUGAGACAAAGCAGUCGUACUCUGAUCAUCCAGAGAGAUUUAACUCCUACUGUCAGGUGUUGAGUAAAGAGAGUGUGUGUGGACGCUGUUACUGGGAGAUGGAGUGGAGCAGUGAGAGAAAUGUGUUCAUAUCAGUCUCAUAUAAAGACAUCAGAAGGAUAAUAUGGGGUGAUGAGUGUGUGUUUGGACACAACGAUCAGUCCUGGAGUCUGCAGUGUUCUUCUUCUUCUGUUAGUUUCUAUCACAACAACAUUAUGACUGAUCUGAAAGUUCCAUCAUCCUCCAGAAUAGGAGUGUAUGUGGAUCACAGUGCAGGAACUCUGUCCUUCUACAGCGUCUCUGAUACGAUGAAGCUCCUCCACAGACUCCACACCACAUUCACUCAGCCUCUAUACGCUGGAUUCUUGCUGCCUUCUUACACAGCAACUGUGAGAUUAUGUGAUUCGCAAUAAAACAUUUGUACCCUAAGUUUCAAUUAAAAUAUGCA